GGAUAAACCUCUCUGCAGCAGACUUUAAAGUGAGUCCACACUGAACAUCCAGGAUGACAGGGAUUAUUCUGUUCCUCUUGUUUCUAGGGUUUCCACUUUACGAGACAGAGGAGCAUGUUGUCAACGAGCUGUACACCCUAAAGGAAAAGGGUCAGAUCAGCUUUGUGGACCCAGCUCCGAGCAACCAGACCUGGAUGGUGGUUAAAGAACCCUCCCUGCCCAUCAACGAGCUUCUAGAGAAGAGCAGCAAGACUGGCGAGUCCAAAUUCGCCCUCCAUCCUCUACCCUCUGCCGUCUGGCCGAAGCACAUUGACCUGGCUCCCAUCCCUCGCAACCACAGCCCCCACAACAAGAGCAAAAAAGGCCCCAAGAGCGACCGUCUGGUGGAGCACAACAGCGAGAAAACCAGAGCAGAAGUUGCUGGUCUGCUUCCCAAACCCCCACUGACAGGAGCUACAGCUGCUGCCGCCAACAACCGCACUGUGCUGAAAACCAACCAGGACACCCAGUCCAACAGUAGUCCUCCUCAGCAGGGUGAAGCAGAAGGAUACCCCAACUCCAGACCCAAGGGUCCACCCCACACACAGCCUCAGGCUCAGCCGCACCAACCGGCCCCUUCCCCGCACAAAGAUCUCCCCAACCGACGGCUGGACCCGGAGGAGAACCGGCCGGGAAAGUCCAGUCUCUAUCAGUCCGGUAUCGGUGCAGCGAACCGGAACAGCAGCCGCCCUCCUGUCGUCUUCAACCGGCGCUCCUCCAGCCUGCUUUACCAGUUUGACAUCCUGAGGCGAGAGUCCGACUUCACACAUGAUGCCUUCUGCAUGAACGAGUGCAGGAAGGAAAAGGAGGAGAGAGAGUAUUACUGCUACAGUGAGUUUGCUGUCAAUGGGGUAGUUCACGACAUUGAUGUGUUGCGUAAAGGAAUACGCCUCAUUACACUGAUGGUGAGCAGAGAUGGCUUCUACAAGAUGAGUCAUCUCUAUGUGACCCCAGACAUCUUUUUCUUCAAAGUUCGCCUUCUGGUCCUGGACACCUAUAAGUGCAGCAAACCCUGCCCUGACAUCAAACUCGGGACCAGAUACAUUAUAAUGGGCCAGAUCUACCACAGGAGGCGCCAUCUUCCAAGUGACCUCCUGAACCUGCUGGGAGGUAAACUGAAGCCCGGAGACGGCCUCCUGCGAAGCAACAACUACGUCAAGAGGUUCAACAAACGAAGGCACCAAAAAGCCCUGGAGGCCACCCGAUCCAGUUGUAGAUGAACCAAAGACAAGACUAUCGGCCCCUACUGCAGGGGAAGAGACAUUGCAGCUUACCCGAACUGAUCAUAAUUAACCCCUCAGUAUUGUGCAAAACUGAAGACAUUUUGCGGAAGGUAUGGAUUUAAUUUCACAUGGACUGCUAUGAUGUAUCUUCAUCCUGGUUCAUCUUAUCUGCUCCUCUGUAAAGUUCCUGAAGUUCUGACUUGUGGUCUCACAUGCAGCUUUAAUUAAAUGGCUAUUCCACAAUCAUUUUGUUACAUUUGGGACAUCAAACAAGGGUGUCCCCACUACUAUUUAAAAGAAAAAGAAAAAAAAAAACUCCACUCAAACUCCUCAUUCAUUCAUGACUGGUUCAUGAAGUCCCUGGAUUAAAAAGAUAUAAAAUUGGCUCACUUUUAAAGCGACAUGUGGGUCAUCUGAAAUUUAUAGAAAGGGUCUAUUUUAUUAUCUUGCAUCAGUGGUCACAUUGGCAUGUUACUGUUUCAUUCAUGUGCAUUUAGAAAGCCUAUACUUGUGCUGAGAGAUAAACAUAUUUAGAUCCAGUAUCUUUAUUCCCACUAUAAUCCAAGCAAACAUAUGAAAAUGCCUACGGAUAAGAUAAUUGGUUUAAUGUUGUGUUUCUAGCUGGCGCAGUAGAUUUUCUAAGCAUGCUCCCAUUAAAUACCAGAAAACAACCCUUUUCACAAUAUUGUAGAGAAACCUUUUUCCAUUCAGAUAUCCUGUUUAAAAAAAUAAAAAGAAUGGCUGUCGAUUAGUGCAUUUUAGUACAGGUAAAAACCUAAAUCUCAUUGUGCAAAAAUACAACAUUUUACUCAUGUUGAUUCCUUUCAAUAAUCAAUGAUGCUUACAAAUUUAUAUGAAUGCAAAAUGUUGUAUUGCACCAAAUAUUGUUUUGUAACACUCAAUCCCAUGCAUGUUGUCACUGUGGUUGUUAUUGGUGAGCAGGAUAUGCACUAUUAUUGUAACAAGGACCAAAGGGAGGGAAUGAAAGGCCUGGAAAACCAGCAACGAACCCCAGUGGAGGAGGACGGAGGAAAAAGGGAGAGGGAGUACAGGACCUUUGCUUGUCAUGAAAGCAGCUUAUUUUUCUAACUUUAAUUAUGUGUCCACGAUGAAAUAUCUGCCAGAGUAGACUAGGACAUCAAAGGGGGCCUUGCUGAAUGAGGAAGGGGUGUGUUGUUGUAGGGAAUAAGCCAUAUAUCUAAUCGCAGGAACCUGAUCCUCUCUGCACCUGGACACAUGACUCUGGAAAAAGUGCCUCUGUGACAGCUCCUCUUUGUGAUGGCUCUUGUUUUCUUGCUUACACACAACCAUGUUGUUCUCUGGGAGAGCCAUAGCUAAAAAAUGGGGGAUUUAAAGUAUUAAGGCAGGAUCAGUGAAAGAGAGCGACAAGGUGCAAGAUUGAGGAGAAAUAAAGAUAAUGUAAAAUAACAGGGAUGGGAUUGAAGCAGGAGACGAGGGGUUGGGUCUGUCUCUCUGAAGGGACGGCUUCUUAUUUAAUCAGAAAUCUCUGGCUUGAUUUUAGUACAACUCUGAGCUCAUGACAGGGAAAACUUGCACUGAAUGCUUACAUUGCUUUACUAUACAUGAACCCAAUAAAAAUGUGUAUUUGUUUUGUA